UGUCAAUAUCAAACAAAGCCUCAACCUGGGGACCUGAUUGAGAUAUUCCGGGGGACCUAUCAGCACUGGGCCUUGUAUGUUGGAGAAGGCUACAUCGUCCACCUCUGUCCCCCCACUGAGGCAGCUGGGGCUGGUGCCUACAGCCUAGUGUCUGUGUUGUGUGACACAGCCGUUGUGACCAAGGAGAGCCUGGAGGAGAUAGUGGGGAAGGACAGGUUCCUUGUCAACAACCUGCUGGAUGGCAAACACAAACCCCGGAGUGUUUAUGACAUACUGAGGGAUGCCCGCAGCCUGCUGGGCCUGGAGAUGCCUUACUGCAUCCUGAGGGGAAACUGUGAACACUUUGUCACAGAGCUGAGAUAUGGGAAGGGAGAGUCCCGGCAGGUAUAUUAUGCUCUGGGCGUAGGUGUUAGAGCAGUGGCGAUUGGCAUGAAGGCCCUGAAUGCAGCGUCAAACAUCUCUUGUGUGAAGUCAAAACAAAAGCGGAUACUCCUUUGAACCUUCGAGUCACCUUCCUCCGUCUACCUCUGGGGUGAAUGCAGAGACAGCGGAACAAUUUUUUUUGACAGGGGGUAUAAUUCCCGACAUUUGGUAGGCUAUUUGUAAGUCAAUUAGUCUAAAAUUAGACACAUGCAUUUUCUUUUCUGCCCUUCGCCUACUACAGUGCCUUGCGAAAGUAUUCGGCCCCCUUGAACUCUGCGACCUUUUGCCACAUUUCAGGCUUC